UACCUUCCCCAUUUAUCUCACUUACUACACCCACAAGUGCUGGGUUAUUUUAUUUUUUUUGUCAACUUAGCCUAGCUCAGAGCAAACUUAAACGUUGAAAGACUUUAGGUGUGUCUUUCUUUAAGGGAAAGAAGAGAGGGGAGGCCAAGAACGAAUCGACGAAAGCCCUUCCCAACUUCCGCCACAUGCCUGUUUUAAGAGAAACGUAAGACCAGAGUUCAAAAUUCAGGCAAAUAUUCCUGAACCAACACAGGAAAAGCUUUCCUCAACAAGGUAAAUAGGCCGUGGAAAGCUAUUGACUGCAAAACCCAGAUGGAAACAGACAGGAACGCUGCUGGGAUGAGAUUUUGCUUUCUUCUCCUCACUUUGUGGCCUGGGAUGCUUGGUGAUGUUCUUCAGCUGGACAAAAUGUACGGGAGGAUCGCCUCUCCGGAUUUCCCCAAUGUCUACCCUAACAGCAAGGAGAGGAUAUGGAAUAUCACUGUGCCUCACGGAUAUGCCGUCCGCCUCUAUUUUACUCACUUCAACCUUGAGCUGUCUUACCAGUGUGAAUACGACUAUGUCAAAGUACGUCCAACUACCAUCUCUGAGAAAGUGGAACGAGAUUCUCUGGCUCAGCCUCCCGUCCAUCUGAGAUCAGCCAUCUGUGUUUAUUUUUCCGGUGCUGAAUUUACGCUGCAAAACUCUGAACAUUCUUCCCCCUUCCUUUCAGCGCACUGUCCGAAUAAGGUGUUGACAGCAAGAACUGGUGUGAUCUCCAGCCCCAAUUAUCCCAACCCGUAUCCUAAAAUAUCCGAGUGCAGCUAUAGCAUCCGGGUGGAAGAAGGUUUCAUGAUCAUCCUAGAAUUUGUGGGAAUCUUUGAUGUAGAAGACCACCCAGAAGUACUGUGUCCCUAUGAUAUCCUAAAGGUUAAGACCCCCAAGAAAGAAUACGGUCCAUUCUGCGGCAACACCCCUCCUCCCAAAAUUGAGACGCGUAGCAAUAUGGUUGAUAUUACGUUCAUCACUGACCUUUCUGGGGUUCAUGCUGGAUGGAAGCUCAGAUAUGACACAACAGCUUUGCCAUGUCCCAACCCUCAAGCACCACCCAACGGCCGUCUCUCUCCAGUGCAGGCAAAAUAUAUUCUGAAAGACUUCUACAGCCUCUCUUGCAACGUGGGCUACGCGCUUUUGGAAAACAAACUGAUUGUGAAAUCUUUCAAAGCAACCUGCCAAAAGGACGGUACCUGGAACAAGCCAAUGGCCCAAUGUACCAUUGUCGACUGCGGCCCUGCCAAUGACAUAGCGAACGGCACACUUGUGUAUGUCACUGGAAGAGAGAUUUCCACCUACCAAGCUGAAAUCAAUUAUAGCUGUGAAAGCCCCUUCUAUGCCCUGAAAACUGGCCACUCUGGCAAUUACCGGUGUGCCCCUGAUGGUUUCUGGAAGGAUCACAAGGGAAACAAAGCACCUCCAGUCUGUGAACCAGUCUGUGGAGUGCAAACGUCCAACACUUUGAAACGAAUUUUUGGGGGACAGAAGGCUCUGCCCGGCCAAUUCCCUUGGCAGGUUUUAAUCACAGACGCACACGGAGCAACUGGGGGCGGAGCCCUUUUAUACGAUAACUGGAUCUUAACAGCCGCUCACGUUCUGGGCAGCUCACCUGAUGCCUCUUCCCUGACCUUGAAAAUGGGGCUUCUAAACAAACGGUCUCCUCAUUACCACCAAGCCUGGGCGGAAUCGGUUUUCGUCCACGGCGGCUUCACAAACGAUGGCAUCAACUUCAACAAUGACAUCGCUUUGAUCAAACUGAAACACAAAGUCCCCAUUAACAAAAACAUCACUCCAAUUUGCUUGCCGGGACACAACCCGGGCUUCCAGGUGCACACAAACGACACAGGAAUAAUCGCUGGCUGGGGAAAAACGGAGCGGGCCCGGCAGUCCCGUUUCUUGUUGUAUACCGAGGUAGAUGUUGUCGAGCCGAACAAAUGCAAAGCUGCCUAUGCCAACCGGACUUUGCAAGGAAAGCAACUCAGGCUGACGGAAAAUAUGCUUUGCGCAGGAACUGAGGAGGGGGGGAAGGAUUCCUGCUAUGGGGACAGCGGAGGAGCCUUGGUGUUCUACGAUACUAAGGCCAGGAGGUGGUUUGUCGGGGGGGUGGUCUCCUGGGGUCUGGAAUGUGGCUCUGCUGAGCUUUACGGGGUCUACACAAAAGUGUCCAAUUAUAUGUCGUGGAUUGAAGCUUAUCUUAAUGAGAUCAACCUAGCAUACAAGGAAUUCCUUUAUUAGCUACCAAAGAGUUGG